GUCUUGUACUUGACUCGCCAAAGUGGCUUUAAAGUCACCAUUUCAUCUCAAUCUAUAUCCUUCAUACGCGACAACACUCCCUUAUUCACUGCAACCAUUAACAACAAUAAUGCUGCAUUCCUUGAUGGAUCCACUGUUUUUUGUGUUGAAUUGGGACACUUUUCUGCAACAAUUCCACUUGAUUUAAACCUUUGGCAUCGAAGAUUGGCUCACCACCACUAUGCUGAUGUCAAGAAAUUGACACAAGGAGACCUUGUUACUGGAAUGACACUUGAGUCUAAAUCUACUCCUGAUCCUAUCUGUGAACCAUGUCUGUCUGGAAAAAUGUCUGCCAACCCAUUCCCUUCAUCUUCUCAUCGCUCUGCUCACCCUCUAGACCUCGUCCACUCUGAUGUACACCAAGUCUCCUCCCCUUCAUUCUCUGGGUAUCGAUAUUGGGUCACCUUCAUCAAUGAUUACACU